GUGUCAGCCGGCUUCCCCUCCUCUCCCCCUUCCCCCCCGCGCGCCGCCUCCCGACCCGGCCAUGGCGUUCGCGGCGCGGAGAAGCCUCGCCUCCCGCCUCUCCCACCACCUCACCCGCCGCCUCCACCCGGCGACGGCGCCCCACCUCCUCGCCUCCCACUCCGACGACGACCCCUCGCCGCCACCCGAGCUCCCACCAUUCCCCCACUCCCCGUCUCCGCGCCACCCGCGGGCGGGCCAAGCCCUAGACCGCCACCUCCUCCCCUUCUCCCUCCAUCACCUCGCGGGGCUACGCCGCCGCGGCUUCUCCUCGGCCGCCGGCGAGGUCGAUGCUGCCGCGGGCGUCCUCGCCGACGCCGCGGCGGCGGCGGAGGCUGUGCCGGCGCCGUUCCCGGGGGAGGUGGCGGCGGCGGCCGCUGACUCGUUCUUCCCCGUCGCCGCGCUGCAGCACGUCAUCGAUUACAUCCACACCUUCACCGGUCUGAACUGGUGGGCCUGUAUUGCGCUGGCGACAGUGCUGAUCCGGAGCGCGACCGUGCCGCUAUUGGUGAACCAGUUGAAGGCUACACAGAAGCUAAAUGCAAUAAGGCCAGAGAUGGAAGCCAUCAAAGAAGAAAUGAAUGCGAUGGAUCCAAAAUCAGCAAAGGAAGGGAAAGCUAAAAUGACUGCACUCUUUCAAAAGCAUGGCGUUAGUCCAUUUACUCCACUUAAGGGACUCCUGAUCCAAGGGCCAAUAUUUAUGAGUUUUUUCUUUGCUAUAAGAAACAUGAUUGACAAAGUACCAUCGAUGAAAGGAGGUGGAUCACUUUGGUUUACUGAUCUAACAACACCGGAUCCUCUUUACAUCCUUCCAGUUUUAACGGCAUUGAUCUUCUUGGUGACAGUUGAGCUUAACUUGCAAGAAGGAAUGGAGGGAAAUCCUAUGGCUAGAAAAAUGAAGAACUUUUCUAGAGGAAUGGCUGUUUUGACAGUCCCAUUCACAAUGAGUUUUGCCAAGGGAAUUUUCUGUUACUGGAUUACAUCAAACUUGUUCACUCUGACAUAUGGUUUUGUUAUCCGGCGACCGGCUGUGAGGAAAUUUUGUAAUCUUCCUGCUUUGGAAGCUCAGUCUGCAUCUGCAAAGAAGCAAAUGUUCAAUCUAUUUGGUGGAUCCAAGGCAUUAACUACAGCAGAGUCACCUGUAGCAAUUACGGGAGGUCCGCAAUCUAGUUUGGAGCAACCUGAUGCUGCUGCUCUGGGCUAUCGGGUCAAAAAUCCUGAGAAGAAGGCAAAAUCCAGAGGCAAAUCUCGGAGGCGCAGGUAAAUUGUCGGCACACAAGAGCCUAGAUGAGCAAACUGUCAUUUGGCGUUGUGGUCAGUGGAGAUUUGACAUUUGUGGUGGUAAGAUUUGAUUUUGCAUGAGAUAAAGGCUGGCAUUGCUUUUUUGGUGGAAUAAGCCAGUUUAAUUUUGAUAGACAAUAGCUUAUACACAAAUGUAACUUGAGUUAUUAAGUAACUUUACAAAGAUCAACGUUGUUGUUCGUUUCCAAGGAUUUAGGUGAGAAUAGCUUGUUUCUUGGAGUUUUAGUAACGCUCAUUGGCACCAGAGACCAAAUGUUGUAGUUCAGUGACACCAGUGGUUCGGACCAUCAAGGGGUAGGAAUGCUUGUUUCUUUUUCAUGACUAGAUAUUUUUUUUAUGAUUAGAUCUUUUGUAUCUGCACAUAUGUGGAGGUCCUAUUCAUGAUUGUUUAGAGGGCUUGUGCAGCAGUUGUGCGCCUGAAUAAAAAGGUGAACAGAUCGUGAAAUGAACCGGUUCCACUUGCGCUGUGGUUUGUUCAUGAACCCA